AUGGCAGGCCUCCCGCCCAGGGUGGAAGUCCCUCCUGCCUACCAGAUCUCCACACAAGGACGCUCUUCAGCAAUGACCGACCACGCUGAAGAGCAAGCAAACGAACUGGAGGCCCUUCGGUCCAUUUUUCCUGAUGAAUUCGAAGAACUUGAUGUCGGUCCGCCCGCCGCAUUUCGAAUACACAUCAAGCCAGAAGACACCCCAGAAGAUGUUGCCCACCUUGACCCAUCACUAUAUCUCACAAUAACCUAUACAGAAACAUAUCCUGAUACCCUCCCCGAACUGUCACUAACAGACGUUACCGGUCUUACAGAGGAGGAUACACAUACCCUCUUGGAAACGAUCAACGAAUGUGCAACGGAAUAUGUUGGAAUGGCAAUGGUCUUCACGCUUGCAACGUCGGCAAAAGAAACCUUUGAGCGACUGCUCCAAGAGCGAUCGGAACGUAUGGCCACGGAGGAAGCUGCCCGGAUUGCGGCGGAGGAGGAGGCAGAACGACAACGGCACGCGGGAACUCGAGUCACACCGGCUACUUUUGACAUAUGGAAAGCCAAGUUUCUGGAGGAGAUUGCUGGUAUAUUGAAGCAACCUAAAGGGGAAGAGCUGCUAACACCAGCUCAACGCGCAGCAGCAGCUGUGGGUGGGCUAUUGGAAAGUUUGAAGGGUGGGAAAGGGACGAAACUGACGGGGAGACAGCUGUUUGAAAAAGAUCAGUCUUUGGCGAAGAGUGAUAUGGCUUUCAUCGAGGAAGGAGACGUCACUGUUGAUGUAGAAUUAUUCGAGGGGAUGGAGGAUUUGGAUCUUGACGACGAGGAUGAGGAAGAGAACUCAGUCUUGGCGAAUUUUAGAGAUGCAGACGAUUAGAUACCGGUUGGGAACACACGCAGCAGUCUUCGGCAUUUUUUGUCAAGACAGACACAAUUGCUGGGCUUUGUGUGAGGAAGAGGGGCACAGUGGGACUAGAUUCCGGUUUUAUCGAAUCACAAUACAGACAUCAUACGCAGAGUCGAUGAUGUCAAUUUCAUGCAGCUGUGUUCACAGCAAAAAUCUAUCGAUACCAGUCCCGGAGCUUCUCACAGUUUUGCAUCUUCAUCUCCUGGGCUGCUCGAAGCUUUUUCUCAUCCACCGUAAACCAUCCAUUUGCUUGUGCAAUGCGGAAGCGCUUGAUCUCUUGUUCUUGAGCGCAGAGAUGCUGAAGGUUGCGAUGCCACUAGGUACAUAUUUGUAAGGUAUGUAAUCCGCAGCACGUGUCGCAUCUUCAAAAGGCAUACCUCGGUUUCAACAUCCUGCUCGUACUUCUGCAACUUGUCAUGCCUAGCUUUUGAGCCA